UAAUUUGCCACAGUUCUUGGGUGCGAAUGUUCAACGAUAUGUGGCAUAGUUGAGAAGCUGCCGCAAACAUAGCUAAUAAGUUCUGGAGGACGCUAAUAUACGGUAGUUAACAUCAACUUUACUCGGAAAUCGAAUGAGAUGGAAUGCGCUGUACGGUUGCUUCGUUGACCGCGUCCUGGAUGCCAAUAAAAAAUUGAAUGGCUCAUCUGCCGAGACAGUGAGCAACGCUGAAAUUGCCGCCAUCGCUGAAUUUUAGGAAGAACUACAUUGCUACUGAGUCACAGGAUCGUUUUGGUUUGGAUAUCCGACUAGAUUCGACAGUCCGCAGUGUUUUGGGGUUGUGGUCAUUUUAUAGUUGUAUUUCACAAUACCAAUUGGUGUAAAAUGGACUUGUCAAAAAUGCCUAAUGAGAAAAAAUUAUAUCUUUGCAAAUGGUAUUUUCGAGGAGGUUUUGCUAUGCUACCAUUCCUCUGGGCUGUAAAUGCAAUUUGGUUCGCAAAAGAAGCUUUCUCUGCACCGCACUAUGAUGAACAAAAACAAAUACGGAGGUAUGUGAUAUUCUCUGGUCUAGGAGCGGUGUUAUGGUUUGCAGGACUUUUGGCUUGGAUCAUUACUUUUCAAACACAGCGAGCUGCCUGGGGUGAAUUUGCAGAUAGCAUCAGCUAUAUUAUUCCCACUGGCAUACCAUAAGAAUGAAGAAGAAAAAUAGGCAAUCAAAUGCACUUGGUUGAUCAGACAAAUUUUUAUCAACGUGAUUUCGUAAAUGAUAUACCUCUGACAUUCUAGAGGUACACAUCUGAUAUUUGAAAAAAAAUCAAAUGUGCUUUGUGUUAAUAAUAAUUCUCUUUAUAUGAUCA